UCUGCCGGGCAGCGCGUCGGGACGCGGGGCAGCAUCCCGGGCACCGAGCGCUUCCGGUGGAGCGGCGGCGGGUCCCGUCGGCGGAGCGGAGCGUUCUAUUCCAGGACACUUGCCAUUGCUGAAGAUUCCUAAUGCCAGACACCCAACCCACUCCCAAAUAACCAUGAAAGAGAGGAGGUAGCUGCCCCCAGCGUGAGUGAAAAUCUGAUUUCAAUGGAUACAAAAUACAAAGACGAUUUAUUUAGGAAGUAUGUACAGUUCCACGAAUGCAAACUGAAUGCCUCUGACAACAAGCAGCGUCCUAUUAACGAUGAGUACUUGCGAGUGGCGGCAGCAGCCUUACUUUGCCUUCCCAAAAUUGAUCCCUUUUAUCGAUUCCGGUUGAUAAAAUUUUACGAGAUGGCUGAAAACUCACUGAGAUCUGUGAAAUCCUCAAGUUUACAUUGUCUCCAUAAUGCAUUCAACAUGCUUGAGACAGUUGGAAUUAAUCUCUUUCUGUACCCCUGGAAAAAGGAGUUCAAAAACAUUAAGACCUACACUGGGCCCUUUGUUUAUCACGUGAAGUCUGCUCUAACGGAGGAUGAUGUGAGGCACAUUCUGAGCUACAUGGGCUACGUCCAAGAACUGGGAACGACGUUUAAGCUCAAAGAGCAGGUCGACGCCAUCCAAGUGAAAAUGAUUUCAUUUGAGCUCUUUCUGGCCAAGGUGGAAUGCGAGCAGCUGCUGGAGAUCCACCUGCAAGUGAAGGACAAGGGUUAUUCCGAGAUGGAUGUCAUCAACGAGCGCAAGAACAGCAGCGAGGACGUGCGGGGCUGCUCCGAGGCCAUGCGGCGGCGCCUGGAGUGCAAGGAGACCCUCAACACGUCCAUGGCCCGCAUGGUGCUCCAGAAAUCCGCCAGCGAGCGCGCCUCCAAGGAUUACUUCAAGCCAAAGGUGAGCAAGCCUUCCAAGUCAGUGGAUACGUAUGACAGUUACUGGGAGAGCAAGAAACCGCCUUUGAUGAGCUCGCUGAGCCUCAGGAAGGAGCCGAUUUUGGUCGAUGCGGAAGAUGACAUUAAAGAUGAAAUUAUCCGUCCGUCGCCCUCUCUGCUGGCCAUGUCCAGCUCCCCGCACGGGUGUUCAGACGAAUACUUGUCAACUUCCUCUCAUCACAAUGGCAUGCUAAGAACAAAUGUCCCUUACAGCUCCUAUUUUUCUGCUCAAGAGGACUUAGAUUUAUAUACUGAACCCGAUUCUAGAAGUGUGUUAAAUUUCAAAAGACAAGACGCUAUUAAGUCUGAUGUAUGGCUGUUAAAAAGCGAUGCCAACCCUGUUUACCACAAACGCACCCACCUAGCCAAAGAGACAGCUUCCUCCAAGUGCCAGAACUGUGGCAUCCCUUGUGGCACUUCUGUUUGCCAGAAGUGUGACGGCCUGUUCGGCUCGAGGCAGGAGUACCCAGCAGUGAAGCAGAGCUCCUAUUCCAUCAAAGCCCUCCCAAGCGAUGGCUUGUCUCCCGCGCCGGCUCUGAGGGAGAAGUCUCAGUACACGUCACAGACUCAGAGUCAAGACAGAGCUGCUCAGUUCAGUUCCAAGUCCAAGCCUUCGGGCACCUCGCGCUGCGGCUUCUGCAACCGCUCGGGAGCCGCCAACACGUGCACCUUCUGCUCCAAGGUCUCGUGUGACACCUGCCUCAACGCCUACUACUACGACCCGUGCUGCAGGAAGAGCGACCUGCACAGGUUCCUGCCUAACAACCAGUUAAACUAUAAAUCAUCCCAGCUGUCCCACGUGGUUUACAGAUAGACUGCUUGAGUCACUUUGGGAAGGGAAGGAAAGGGGGAGAGGAAAGGGCUAUCCUAACCAAUGUUCUGACUCCACGCUGACCUCUUGCCAAAAUCACAUGUCCAGAUAUUUGGAACCAUGGUUCAGUGAUCAGGUGCCAGUUCUUGAUUUUUAUGGCUUCACAGAUGCUGCAGAUCCAUUCGAUUUCAUGCUGCUAUAAUUUAGGUAACUCCUAAAGGAGCAUUGCUUUUCAACUUAGAUGGGGGAGAAGAGCACAUUUUUCCUUAAAACUUGGCAGCUGUUGUAUUUUUAAAAAGUGACAUCAUACCUUCCUAUUAUAUCAUAUCUUGCCCAAGUAAAACCAGGCAGUGUUUGAAACAAAGUCAGAGAAUUAAGAUUCUCAUUUUCUAUGAGUGAGGAAACCACUGCCAGUUUUUGAUAAAGUAUGACUUCAAAAUGUGCAGGAAAUAUGUGAAUGGCUUGUUUUGCCACCAAGGACUAUUUUUCAUGUGUGUCUGCAUUUCUUGGUCUCCAAAAUGCAAACACCACAACCUCUCUUCCUUUUGUCUUUGUUUCCUCCUUCUCCCCUUCUUUCUCUGGUUGUUUAUCUCAAGCUUAUAUAACCUGGAUCUGGACAACAUGUGCUUUAUUUUCCAGUGUUGCCAAUAUCAUCCUUCUGGGUUUCACUGUGUGGUAUUUGAAAGAGGUGAUCCUGUAUCUGUGUCACUCAGAUGAUGCCUGGAGUGUUGUCCUCUCAGAUGAGUGUCCAUUUUCCUUCUGUUGCACAUGGUUUAAGUACUGUUCUUUGUACUGUAAAUAGGUGAUUUGGAAACAGUUUAUUUUUAAUAAAUAUUUAAUAUGUUGAGUUCUUAAAAGUGAUAGAAUCAUUAUAACUAUGAAAUCUCUCUGGGUUAUUUGUUUCAGGUGACUUUUUGUUUUUCCUUGUACUGUAUUUCAUAGCUUAUAGGCACUGUGGCAGAAUGAUGUUCUUGGCUCUGAUCAGUUCUUGGGUUUUAAUCUUUUUUUUUCCCUCUGUUAAGGCUGCUGCUCAUCUGAGCAGAGUCUUGUCUAAGAAUUGCAGGAUUUUGCUCUCAGUGCACGCUUUUUCUUUGUGCUCAUGGAAAUUUUAAGUAUCAGUGUUCUGCUUGCUUCCAAAUUCACUGCCAGUCUGUCUGUAGUGUAGUCCAGCAAGUAAAGCACUGGCCUGGGUGAAAAUCAGAGCUCAUUUGUGACUCCUGUUCAAGUGAACUCCUCAGUUACAGAUGUGAAUCAGAUAAUAACCUUUGUCUCUUGCUAUAGCACUUGGGAACCCUGUCUGAGCAGCAGGACUCCCUUGUGUUGGGCUCUGUACAGUUUGACCCCCAAACACCACCUGGUUAUGAAUAGACUUUAGUUUUUUAUGAAAAGAAAACCCCUAAGAAUCCUAAUUCCCUUAUUCCAACUAUAGCUAGUUAGCACAAAGUAUCAGGCAACCUAUACUGAUGUGCAGAAUUAAAUGUGUUUAAAGUAUCUGUAAAGAACUAGCUGAGAUGUAAACUCUGUAGUCCACUUUGCACUGAAACGAUUCACUUUGGAGUGAACAAUCACUGUUGGAGUCUAGGCCUCUCAACUUCAAUGUCCAUCACUCCCUGUGUGACAGGAACAUGCAUGAAUGAUCGUUUGUCUUAUAUUUUUUGGGGUGGGGGGGGCUUCAGGUAGGUAGAGGGGAAAAUUACAUAGGCUAGUGUUGUAAAAUAGCUAAAAUAAUUUUAGCCAUAACUGGGUGUCAGAAGUGUUGUGGAGAUAAGAUGAAACCUGGGUCUUACAGAGGGCUGAGAACAAAAAGUUACUGUCCAGUUUGCACUAAGAAACAAAGUGAACAGUGUGUGUUUAACAAUCAGGGAAACUCUGAAUCAAGGGACUGCAACUGAACAUAAUGUCAAGGGCAAGUACUGCCUUGCUGACCCUGAAGGUUGGGGUGAAUAUUAAGUGAAUGAUUUUAAGGUUUUCAAUCUUGUAUGUUUUUUAUAAAUAUAUAUAUAUAUAAAUAUUACACAAAUGUAGAUACAUUAUGUAUAUAGUGAAGAAUUUAAAAACAAUUUUACUAUUAAAAUGCAGUCUAAGGGUGGUUUUAAUUUCGGUGGUUUUUUGGGUUUUGUCCACCUCCUGCAGUGUCAUGCCUGUUUGGCUGCUCUACAGUGUAUCUCCUAGUUCACCAGUUCAGUUUCCAUAUGGCUCCUCACACUACAGUGACAAAUAAAACUGUGAUGCCACGUAAUUUUUACGGUGACCAGGGCAGGGGCUGUACCUGCUCUGCAAAAGAGAAGUCCUCUGUAUAUAUGUCAUGGAAUCCUGUAGUACAAACCUGUGUUGAAUUGAAGUGCUACCAUGCUCUAUUUUUGUGUAUCUUACUGUAUGAGGUUGCUGUGAUUGAUACAGUAAAAUAUAUGCGAAUUUAAAAUGCAGGUGUUUUGCAUCUGAUUUGUUUAAAUUAAUUUAUGUUUUGAAGGAAUUUAAAAAUAAAGAGGCCUUUAAGAAAAGGCUUAACUCUUUUCUUAAA